UGACUCUGUGUUUUUGAUUUCAGAGACGACUUUACAUAGGUCAUUGUUCACUAUGGACGAGAAGAUGCUCAGUGCUGCUGUGAUACUUGUUUUAUCAGCCUACUUAGGUGUGUGUGCGGGUGAGGCAAUUUUACCCCCGGGACCCCUGAUUGGACCUGUGGCCGGCACAGUGAAGUUCACCACCACCCUUGUACCUCCUGAGAGUCCUUUCAUCUUCAUCAGCUGGAGCUUCAAAGGGGCAAACAUCAUCACCUUCAGCACCUCGGACAUCACAGCGCCUGGAUAUGCCAACAGGACCACAUUAGACCGGGCCACGGGAGCCCUGGAGCUCAGAGACCUGGUUCUGGGAGACAGCGGGGAGUACACUGUCACCAUCAUACCAGACGGAGGGUUGCAGAAACAGGGGAACACCACUCUGAAUGUGUAUGCACCGGUAACAGGAGCCAGCAUCAGCAGACCCGCCGCUGUAUUGAUAGAAGAUAAAAGCUCCACCAACCUCACCUGUGAGGCCUCCGGCUCCAUCAGCACCAUAACAUGGAUGAAGGACAGCCGGCCUCUCCAAUCCAGCAGCCGAGUCAGUUUCUCUGCGGACAAUGGGACAGUGUUUCUACAACCUGUUCACUUCUCCAGCCAUGGCACCUAUCAGUGUCGGGUCAGCAACCCAUUUAGCACCAUGACAGCGGCCUAUAAUCUAACUGUCAACUUUGGACCGUAUAACACAUCCAUUAUUGGACCGUCAGCAGCUCCGCCUGGCCAGAGAGUGACACUGCAGUGUACAGCAGACUCUGUCCCACCAGCUACAUUUAGCUGGAUGUUCAACGGCAACGAGACUCAUGUUAAUAACUCUGUGUAUAUUAUAGAGAGGUUGGAGGAAGAAAACACAGGGAAUUACACCUGCACUGCCAGAAAUAUGGUGACCAUGAUGGAAAACUCCACAGUUCUAAAUCUGAGAGAAAGUGUUAAGAAAUGGAAAAAUGCUUCCUGUCGCAGUCGGGCACCUAUACACCCCUCUCUUCAUAGGUUGAGUACAAUGAAAACUUGCAGUAAAUCACCUCUCAUGCUGCUGAAGCUGAUUUCCAUCACAUUACUCCCAGUUCUGGAGGCACAACAAGCCAGUGUCAAGCCUGAAGUGACUGGAUACCUCGGGCAUGACGUCACCCUAUCUUGCCUGUUCAUCCAAGGACCAGAAAAUGCCAACAUUACUCAGGUUCAGUGGGAUCUCCUGGAACCAGAAGGAAAGAGAGUCACUAUUAUUGUUUCUAAUAGCCAGUUUGGAGUGAAUAUUCAUGAUUCUCCUCUGAAGGGGAGAGUGGAGAUUAAAGAACAAUCACUGAUAAUUAAAGAUGUGGAAAUGGCAGAUGCAGGGUUGUACAUGUGCACCUUUACAACCUUCCCCAGUGGUUCAUUUGAAGGAAGAACCAAACUUGUUGUUAAAGAACAGAAGCCGUUAUCGGCAGGGAUGGUUUCUGUUGUAGUGAUUGCUGUCAUACUGCUGGUGGUGGUCACGGCAGCCAUAGCUUACUUCAUCCUCAUCAGAAGACGUGAUUCUUCAGUCAGACACCGCGUCUUCAUUGAUACAGGUAGCAUGGUGAGGGAUGUGUUCAGGCCGUCUGUUCUUGUCAAAGAUGAGGAUGUGGUCUACACAGACAUCAAGUUCAAACCAUCCAGAGAUGCGAUACCCUCAUCUGAAGACAAACAAACACAUACCUCAUGUGCUGAUGUCACAUAUGCUGAGGUUGUAGUUGGGGGUCAGCAGCAUCAACAUGCUGUUCUUCUAUAGCCUCACAGCAGGGGACAUAAAAGAGCUAUCACUGGCAGUGCAGUCCUUAGAUAACAAGACUAAGAGUCUAUGGUCAUGUUAGCAUGCAAACAUUUGAUAAUUAGCACUAAGUACAGCUGAGAAUGACUGAGAAUUUAUCAGUUUUGAUCAUAAACUAAAGUAACGUUCUGACCUGGUUAGGUUGCUAGAUAAAAAGUCAAGAGAUAAAAGUUAUUCCAGUACAUUCUCUGGGGACCAUAAAUGUGUGCACCAAAUUUCAAAACAAUAGCUGUUGCAGUAUGUUAAUAAAGAUCUGAAAGAUCAGCAUCAUGCUAGCACCAGAAGAAAAGUCAGAGGUUUGCCAAAGUCAGUAGUCAUCACCCUGAAUAUCUGUACAAAUUAUCAUACCAGUGCAGUUUUCAAGAUAUUUCAGUGAGAACCAAACUGGUGGACCGACCACCACUGUCAUUCUUGAAGUCAUGUUGCUAGCAUAGCUAGAAACAGAUCUAGACAGCAAGAGUUUAGCACACUGGUGCCAUUUGGGGGAUCAGUUUCUAAUAUUGCAGCGAGGAAUAGUACAAACAGGAACAGACACAUUGAGCUAUUUUCUUCAUAACGUCCAACAUGCCAAGCCGUGAACAUCUCAUCCCACAGAGUUUCUGUUCCUUCUAUGGUAAUAAUUAAUGGAGGAAGACAAAAGUGGAAAGUUGCACAAAUGGGGAACAAACUAAGCAAUGCAAAACCCAGAAUGUCAUGUCAGUGUUUGCAAGCGGUGACAACACACUGCUCAGUUUCUGCUCUAAAAUUAACUGCCUGGAUUCCCAUUUUAUCUUCAUUUUCUAAACUAAACAGAUUUCAUGAUGAUUAUGAGUGUAUGAUGUGUGCCUUUCUCCAACUCUGUUACCAGCCAGCACUUGCACUUGAGCCUUAUUAAGGGUUAAAUUUUAUGAGUCAGAGAGGAAGAAUGGAGUGAAUGCUUUCAAAUAGUGUUUUUUUUUCCCUCAUUCUAGCUAUUUCCUCAAAUGUACCUAUAGCAGUUUUAGACCAAAAUCAAGAAUUACAUAUCAUGAUACAGUACACUAUGUAUUCUAGAGACACAGAUAGAUAGUAAUAGUUGUAGCACCAUAUUUAAUUUUACCCAGCACUGUCUGCUUUGGCUCUGAUGUGUAGAACACUGCUUAAAGUUAAUGACACAAUCAUGUGGGUGGUUGUUGCAGUCUGAGCAUGCCAUAUGUAAAAAGGUGACAAAAUAUUGUCUGCAAAGUUGCUGUAGUUGUUAUACCAUCACUGUACAUUACCAACCGUCUCUGUUUCACCUGGUGCCUUUGAAACAGCAUUUCCUGAGUGUCAUUUUGUGGGUGUGAGAUUAUGUCUUUUUCACUCACCAUGUUGUCAGAACACAGUUUACACUGUAAACAUAUUAAGUUAAGUUCUUUAUAUUUGAUUUUCAAAUGUGUUGGGUUGUGUUUAAGUCGGCUUAGAUCUGAUUACAGUCGGAGUAAUGCUUUUUCUAAUAAUUAAGUUUUGUAAGCAGAAAUGACUGUGCACAAUUCUUUGUUAUCUCUACAUUUACUUUAGAAAGGAACUUUUUGUAAGUGGCUGUUGUUGCUUAAUAAAGUUUUGCGUUUUCACAGA